AUGCGUUCCCCUACUGUUGAGUGUGAACAUGAAGGACAGGCUGAAGUACUCGAUGAUUCAUCUUUAUUGAACAACGCGCAGCGCAACGGCCAUAAUGCAAAACUUGCUUGGAUUUUGCCUAAGUUUUCCAUUUCGGAUGGAUAUGCAACAAACCGGGGUAAACAGCCCAUUACCUUCCACCAGCUGGUCAAAAUAUCCCCACCACCUUCUCCCACUCUCGCCCUUUCCUUUGUUCUCUACGACAGUGGCGCUAGCAAACUCGGGCAAAUUCCCAUAAAACUGAGGCAAAAUGCGGGAAUUUGCCUCGAUUUGCCUGUAGUGUGGGCCCAGGGCGAUGGAUUUAGAGAAGGUUUCGAAGCUGGAAGAGAAAAAAAUUUCCAAACUGGGUUUGACUUGGGUUAUAAACUUGGAUUUCAGCUUUGUCAUGACAUGGCCUUACAAGCUACUAAAAAGCAGAUAAAUGAAAAAGCAGUCGCUGCAUAUAAACCACCUGCUGAUAACUGUGUUAUUUGUUCAAUGAAUAAUGAAGAUAAAAUGAUGCAGCUACCUCUGGAAGACAUAGUAGAGAAACAAAGACUUUCAUUUGUUCACUCUUGAUCAAUACUUCUUCACAAAACUUAUAAAUGGAGAAGAUAAUUAUUUUUACAUAAGAUCUGUUGCAUAGUUAAGACCACAAUUAAAGCCAUGACAUUAUAAAUGACAGAAGUUUGCUACUUCACAUUUAUAGAUGUCCGGUUGUUCAAUAUGAAUGAUUGUAUCUGUUUCUCCAUUUUUUUUUUAUUUUUUUGUAAAGUUUCAAUCUCAAAGUACUCAUAAUACAAAAUUAAGUUACGAAAUUUCUUGGUACUGGUACUGGUAGUGGUGAAGAGUAGGGAGUUGAUCACCAAAUUAAAGUAUACAAUCAUACAUUGGUCAUCUUCAGUACACACAUUUCCUAGGAAGUGGCCAUUGUACAGAAGCUGGUCGUGUAUAUUUACUGGUACUUAGUAUCAAGUAAAAUCUACUCCUGUCCAGAUUUGAAACUGUAGGAGCACAGUUAACUACACAAACGUUACUGCAGCUGCUCUUCCCCCAUGGAACGGCCCUCCCGAGUCAGUUGUGUCAGAAGGUACAGAGGAUAGAACAGGAGCCUGCUCCUUUUAAACAAGAUGAAGUGAAUUCAGGGUUUCCACUUUGGUGAAAAAUUUCCCAUUUUAGAGAAGAUGGAAGAUAAAAACAAUUUUUAUCAAUGAAAGUCUAAUCUAAGUCACAGUUUAAUCUAUUUUUUAAAUAAUAUAAAUAAAACAGUACUAAUACAAUUAUUAACAG